UCCCUCUCUUUGUAUACCGUGUGACCCCUCCCACCCGCUGAGCUUUAAAACCAGAGGAGGGCUCUCUGUUGAUUCUAGAGACGUCCAUCCUUCCUCAUUGAACCUGCCUCAUGAGCUUUGAACAUCAACCCUGACUCUUCUCUGCAGAGCAAAAAAAAAACUCUACAGUUUGUUUCAUUUUUUUUAAAUUCAACCCUCUCAAAUCACAGAGACUGAAGCACCACCUGUUGCUGCUUUUUUGUGUGUGUUGCCUUCAACCUGUUGGCCACCUCUCCCUCCCCGACACCGUGGAUGACUGUGAACCGUUAUCUGGACUGAACCUAUCACCUGUCCUGUGAGAAUAGCUUCUGUCUGUCUUCACAUCACCACAGACACGUACGGUUCACUCCAGGAAACGCACGCAGAAGUAGCUGAGGAUGGCUCUGAACGUGCCGGGUCUGGUGGUGAUGGCGGGGUUCUACCUGCUCAUCUUGGGCACGGGCAUCUGGGCGUCCAUGCGCUCCAAGAAGGAGGAGAAGAAAUGCACAGGGGACGGCAUGGAGAUAACGCUGCUGGCCGGACGCAACAUCAACCUGCUGGUCGGCAUCUUCACUCUCACUGCUACGUGGGUGGGCGGAGGCUUCAUCCUCGGUAUAGCUGAGGCGACGUACAACCCGACGCUGGGCGCAGUGUGGGCGCUCAUGCCCGUGCCUUACGUCCUGACCUUCUUCUUAGGUGGCUUUUUCUUUGCCAAGCCGAUGCGAGAGAACAAGUACGUGACAAUGAUGGACCCCUUCCAGCAGAAGUAUGGGAACGUCCUGAGCAGUGCGCUGAUCUUGCCCGCGCUUGUCGCCGACGUGCUCUGGGUGGCACGCACGCUCGUCAGCCUGGGUGGAACUAUGAGCGUGAUCCUGGACCUGUCCUACGUCUACUCCAUCAUCAUCUCCUCAGUGGUGGCCAUCAUCUACACACUGCUGGGGGGGCUCUACUCUGUGGCCUACACAGAUGUCAUCCAGCUCAUCCUCAUCUUCGUCAGCCUGUGGGUGUGUGUCCCCUUCAUGCUGACCAACCCUCACUCUGUGGACAUCUCCCUGACGGCGUACAACCAGACCUUCCAGGCCCCCUGGGUCGGCACCGUGGAGCUGGACGAGGCCGGGAAGUGGUUCGACGACUUCAUGCUGCUGGCUCUGGGCGGCUUGGCCUACCAGGCGUUCUACCAAAGAAUCCUGUCCGCCUCGUCUUACACCCAGGCUCAGGUGACCUGCUUCGCCUCCUCGGCCUUCUGCCUGGUGCUGGGUAUCCCGUCGGUGCUGAUCGGAGCCGUGGCUGCUUCUACAGACUGGAACUCCACCAGCUACGGACUGCCGACGCCCUACGAGCGCGACCAGGCCGGGUCCAUCCUCCCCAUCGCCCUGCAGUUCCUCACGCCUCCCUACGUCUCCGUCAUCGGCAUCGGCGCCGUGGCUGCUGCCGUCAUGUCCUCCAUGGACUCGGCCCUGCUGUCCUCCGCCUCACUGUUCUCCUCCAACAUCUACAAGAACAUCAUCAGGAAGCAGGCGUCGGACCGGGAGAUGCAGUGGGUGAUCCGGAUCUCGGUGGUGGUGGUGGGCCUGGCCGGCACCGCCCUCACCUUCCUGGACAGCAGCGUGCUGGUGUUCUGGCUGGUGGGCGUGGACAUGUCCUACACCAUCAUGUUCCCCCAGCUGGUCUGCAUCCUCUUCUUCAAGGUGUCCAACGGCUACGGCGCCACCGUGGGCUACCUGAUGGGGAUCCUCAUGAGGAUCCUGAGCGGGGAGCCGCUCAUCAACCUGCCGCCCGCCAUCCAGUUCCCCGGCUGCCGGCUGGACGAGGAGGGGAAGCUCACCCAGUUCUUCCCCUUCCGCACCGCCAUCAUGGUCAUCUCCCUUCUGUCCAUCCUGCUCUUCUCCUGGCUCACGUCCAUCAUCUUCAACAAGGGCCUGCUGUCCGAGAAGUGGGACGUGUUUAAGAUCAAACGCAAGCAGAGGCCGACGGCCAGAGAGGACGACGUCAAGCGGACCAACGCCGGCGCCGAGGAGGCCUCCCAGGCCAAGCAGCUCCUGGACACCACCAGCUGCUGAGGAGGCUGCAGGCAGGAGGAGACGACGGCGCCGGCUGGAGGCGGACAUGUUUGUUUGCAAGUGUGCAGGAGUUCAUAGAGGGGGGCAGCGCAGAGGCCGGACUCGUGUACAGAUUCUGUAUCAGUGCAUUUAUGGCGACGAUCACAGCUCUGGCAGGAGCUGCUCAUCGUCCUCCACAGAGAAAACCGAACAACCCGGGCUCCAGAUAGGUUCUGUUCAGCCCAGAUCAUCACACACAGACCCAGAAUAAAGUGUUUGUGCUGCGUCAUGUAUACGUCACUAAUACGAAGCCAAAAACAUUAGAAUUCAGUUUUAACAUGACAAAAAUAGAUUUCUGCUCUAAGUGGUCCAACUCCUGGUCACUUAGGUUCUCCUCAGUCCAGAACAGACGAGUCCAGAUGUCCCGAUAACCACACUGUGUGUCCAGUCAGAGGACUGACUUCAUCCCAAAGGAACCAUUCAUAAGAUUCAAAAUUCACACCAAACGUGCCUUCAUGAGGUUUCAUUUUGCUUUUCCAAAGAGACGUCGUGUCAGAACCAGGACAGCAGCGACCCGCCUGCGUCGCCCUCACUGGUAACCGACCCGUCGCUGCGAGCUUCUCCCUUAACCUGAAACUAUGCAAAUGAUCUGCAGCAAACACCAAAACAAAGAACCGCUUCCCAAAGAACAAAGAACGAGUGCAGGUUCUGCACGGUUCCGUCAGUGAGAGAGCGUUGAUGUGAACGUCCUCCCUCUAGUCCAUCAGCUUCUCGUCUUUCUAGUUAGUUCUUAUCUUCUAGAGAACGACAAAGAGCUUCUACACCAAUGUGCUUUAGUUCAAUCGAAAUGUGCAAUCGUUUGAUCCCCAGACUGCUCAGCAGGAAGAGACGCCUGGCAGGAGCUUUAGCUUUUUCAUUAGUGAGUCCGUGUGCAGAGAGAGGCUCAGAAACAGCAGCAGAGUCACCGUUUUAGGUUUGUUUAGAAACAUACAGUCUGAAAGCAGCCAUAGUGAAGCUCCAGGAAACCCCGGGAUGGGUGUGACCCUGCUUCAGGCUUUCAAACGUCCAGGACGUCGUGUUUCAUUUGGUUCGAGCCGUUCUGCUGUAAAAGCAGCAGCAGAGACACCAAAGUGUUGAUAGAACCCUGAACAUCUUCCUCCCUCCUCCUCCUCCUCCUCGUUUCUUCCUUCUCCGUCUGAGACGUGCGCCUUGGUUUGUAGUUUUGUACUGUAUAGUUGUUGUUGUUUAUACUGAAUGCAGAGCUGUAGCUUACAGCGGGAUCACUCUUUUCCUCUGAGGUGGUGAAACAUGUUUGCAGCUACGAUUCUGAGAAUUCACGUUCAAGCUUCACGACAGUACAGGUUCUGUUCCCCCGUUCUACCCGUCAGACUCCGGUCUCGUCGUACCGAGCCGGCGAGCUGCGCAUCAACAGUCAGAAAAGCCUUCCGCCGCCGUGUUGUUGCCUCUGACGUCACUGGAAACUGGUUCCAUCUGCUGGACAGGGUCACAUGUGCACGCUCUGCUCAGAUACCUCACGGCGUGGCCAAACUUCAACCCACGAUUCUGACUUCUCUCCAAAGCACACAGCGCGAACGUCGCCGCGCUGACUCUCCAGAGAGGACGCAUGCACCUUUUUAUACGUGUGAUUGUGAUUUCUACCUGUAUUAUACUCUUGUACUGUAAAGUCUAAUCAUAAUUUGUACAUUUACACUUUUUAUUUUUUACCAGAGUUGUUCGCCGUCGAGUGGACGACUUUAUCCGAAGUUAGCAAUUUUUAAAAGUUAAAAAAAAGAAAAAAAAAGAAAAAAAAUUCAACUUUAAUUUUGCAGAACACGAAUAUAAAUCUAGACUUCCACCGCCGAGGCGCUGAUUCUGUUCCCGAGCGUCGGACAAACACGAUAUUUGAUGGACGGCACAACCUCGAUCAUCUCAACACCUUUUGGUUUUUUUGUUUUUUGUGGUUUUUUUUCAUUUCCACGCUGCGUUAGUCACACACCACCUGGACAGCUGUUAGGUUCAUGUUGUACCGUAGAUAGUGACUUCUAUACUGUAUUUUCCCUCCUAUGUAUUUGGUUUUGUACUAUUAUGCAUGUCGAUUGCCAUUAACUGCGUUUGUGAAGCUGUUCUGUCUCGCCCACUCGGCGAGCUCCUACUCUGUAACCGACUCAUGUAAAUCCCCAUUGGGGUGAUGUUCUGUCAGAAUAAAGGCUGAAACCAAA